UUGCGAUCAAGGCCAAUCAUAGCCACAAGAAUGAUCCACUCCGUGCUUAUAUUCAACAACGACGGCGCACCAAGGCUUACAAAGUUUUAUUCACCAGUGGACAUCCAAACACAGACUGAAUUGCUCAACCAGGUGUACCAACUGGUCUCCCAGAGAAGUCCCAAGCAGUCAUCGUUCCUAACACCGCCGGAACUGCUGGAGGGAAUCGAAGAUAUAAAGGUCAUCUACAGACAGUACGCAACGCUGUAUUUCGUGUUUGUCGUCGAUGACCAAGAGAGUGAAUUGGGCAUACUGGACCUGAUCCAGGUCUUUGUACAGAGUCUCGAUAGAUGCUUCGGCAACGUGUGUGAAUUGGACCUGGUGUUUGGGUGGCAGACUCUUCAGACCGUAUUGGAGGAAAUAGUACAAGGUGGGAUGGUCAUAGAGACAAAUAUAUCGAGCAUAGUUGCUGCUGUUGAUCAGGCAAAUGAUGAAACGAACAACUCGUCUAUAUCGCCAUUCUCCAACGCUACAAGUGCACUGUCUGCAUUUGCAAGAGAUGCUAGAUUCACAUGGCCAGGUCGUUAACCAUAAUGAAGGAAAGGUAAAAGGGUAAAAGAGAAUUAUCCUCCCAUAGGUAGUAUUAUUAUAAAUUAACCAAGCAAAAAUAUGUACACGUUGAUCACCUACAGAGAGCUACGCAAGAUUUCACCUCCAUGAGAACCACGUUCUCUUCUUUAACUGCUCGUCGGUCUCCCUUCUGGUCUUCUCCUGUGCGAUCUCCAAUUCUCUUUGGACCCUUUCUAACUCAUCAGAUUGGUUCUUCUCGGCAAGCUCCUUCUCGUACUUUUCCUUCAGGUUAACCAUUUUGUUGUCCUUAUCCCAGGGACUCUUGAUGGGUCCCGUCAUCCAGAUUGGAUCGUUUGAUGCCGAAGUCUGCUUGACAAUCUUGAUCAGCUCCUCCUGCUCACGUCUUCUCAG